UUCGAGUGCCCAACAGCAAAGAACCUUUAGCGGACACACACACACACACACCCAAGUACCCAAUAUUUUGGUCAUGUUGCUUAAAUUACUGCUCGCGUUGGGCGCUCUGCUCGGCUUCUGCUGCUCCUGGAGCAGCAAUUGUGUGGAUGCCAAGCCGCAAUGGUUGGCCACAGUGCCGGUGAGUUAUGCCACGCCCGCCUGGAUUGCUGCUGCCGCUCCAGCUGCCGCUCCUGCUGCCAGCUAUUAUCCUGCCUAUGCUGCGUAUGCGUAUACGCCCGUAUAUGGCUCAUACGCCACAUAUCCGUACUACACGUAUUUGAGGCGCUGACUGUGUGUGUGUGUGUAUAUAUCAACCAAUAUUUUUAGCUUUUAUUUUACAAUAUGCUACAUUUUAAUUCAUUUUAUUCAAAUUUGUGCCCGGAUCGACUAAAUUGAUUAAAUUUCAA